CCUACUUUUGAGAGGAAGUGAACAAAAUUUGACAAAAACACUUCGCUGCUCAUAUUUUGAUAAUUUCCAGCGAUGAACGCGACUGAAAGGCACUUUACGUUAAAGUAUACAGACCAGUGAAAACUCCAAAGAAGUUCUAGGAAGUUGUAACCGUAUUGCUAAUUUUAAAGAUCAAAAAGAUGUGAGAAUCCUAUUAUCACCAUACUGCUUCCUGCUGUGCUCUUACUGCUAUUACCAUAUACAACAACGCCAACUUGUCACAAUGACUGAAUUGCUGAUGCUUAUUAAUGGCCAGGAGUAACUUCUCAAUUGAGUGUGCCAUAUAGCAGUGGAGAUGGCUGUUUAUACAUGUAGUAAGAACCAAGUUGAUUUGGCCAUUGACCCUAUCAUCACCUGUAAACUAUGUUUGAUGGAAUGCAGUCCAGAAGACAUGUAUGAACUGAGGGAAUGCAAAUGUCUCUACUGCGAAAUGUGUGUAAAACAGUAUUUGUCUGUCAUGAUUGCUGAGGGAAAUGUCCUGCUUAUUACAUGCCCUGAUGCUGCUUGUCUUAAACAAGGCAGAAUGGAGGCUUCUGAGAUUCAAGCUCUGGUAAAUGCAGAGGAAUAUGACAGAUAUCUGCGCUUGAAAUUUGAAAGAGAAGUUGCAUUAGACCCUAAUCGUACAUUCUGUCCAGAAGCUGGUUGUGAGACAGUGUGCCAUGUUUGUUCAGCCAGCACUAGCGCUGCUAAGGUUGCUCCGGUGAAAUGUGUAAAUUGUCCAACUUGUGGGCUGCAGUUCUGCUCAGUAUGUAAAUCCAAGUGGCACGCCAACAAAACAUGUGAUGAGGUGUUUCUGAGUUCCACAAAGGAGGAACAAGGAAUCCCAUUCAGUGCUGAAGAGGAUGCUAAUAUAAAGCGCUGUCCAGUAUGCCAUGUGCCUAUAGAAAGAAAUGAUGGUUGUGCUCAGAUGAUGUGUAAACGCUGUAAGCAUGUAUUCUGCUGGUAUUGCCUAGCAUCAUUAGAUGAUGAUUUUCUACUGCGUCACUAUGACAGAGGUCCAUGUAAGAAUAAACUAGGCCAUUCUAGAGCAUCUGUUAUCUGGCAUAGAACACAGGUUGUUGGAAUAUUUGCUGGCUUUGGCGUGCUGCUCCUUGUCGCAUCUCCGUUCCUCCUUCUAGCAGCACCUUGUAUUCUAUGCUGUAAAUGUAAGACUUGUAAAUGUUGUGAUGAAGACUCAGAUGAAGUUGUGACGUGAUACUCACCUGUGUUCAGAAUAAUUUUGCAUAAGAUGUAUAAGAUAUGGAAUGUAUCCACUGCAGGACUGUGUAUACACAAAUGAAUGUGCAAAAUACUUUGAAAUGGACUAUGGCAUGUAAUAACUAAUAACAGAUCAGAGUUUUAAUACUCUGCAGACAAAUGAAAUUUCUUUAGGCCUAGUGCCCAGGCAACUUGAUCUCCAUGACAGUGCAGACAUAAUGCAGAGACAGAAUGUACGAGAUGGUAUGAGACGUAUAUUAUGAAAUGAAUGUUUAUCAGUCAAAUAUCAUGUGCAGAAUGUGUGAUAUCAUAUGAGACAAAUAUCAUGUACAGAAUAUGUGAUAUGAGACAAAUAUCAUAUUCAGAAUGUGUGAUAUCAGUCAAAUAUCAGACGUAUAUCGUAUACAAAAUGUAUGAUGGAAGACAAAUAUUGUGUACAAUGAAUGACGCUAGACAUAUAUCAUGUACAGAAUGUAUGUCACAGGCCUUUGAAUUUUUUACAUGAUCUUAUUGUGUAAAUCUGUUGACACAUUGCAUGCUAUUACAUAUAUUAGUAAAUAUGUAUUGGGCAAAUGGAUUCAUAUCGCAAACCUGGUGCUAAUAGUUUACGAGGAGGUUCCCCACAAUAUUUGCAACCCAGCAUAUUUUGGACUAUGUCAUUUUGGAUUGGUCAUCUUAUAGAUACGAGAUGAAGUGCUCAAAGGUCUUGAAAUGUAACAUUUCGCAGUACAGGAAACAUUUGCCAAAGUGGCAGCACAAAACAAAAAUUAAAAAGGUAGAUCCGAGAGCCAGGUAAUUAUUUCAGUACUAAUUUAGGAUUCAGAAUAAAUG